AUGGAUUCUUUAACGUCUAAACUAUGUUGUGGCUGCCUUCAUUAUGGCCGCAAAAUGAUUAAAAUAGAUUAUGAAUACGAUAUAAAGUGCUUUUCACAAAUAAUAAGUGAGAUACCGAUGUUACAUACAAACACGUUGUUGUUUUUGUGCUAUGAAUGUGCGGCAUUACUUAAAAAAUUCACAAAAUUUAAACUGCAAGUGCGAACUUCCUAUAAAUGUUUCUACGAUUAUGCUUUAGAGAAUUUUAAAUAUACCUAUCCUCUUCCAAGACUGCAAACAAAACAACUUUAUAACUUAUGUACACCGGAAACUCCUACAGAUAAUGAAGAUACUAUAAUAGACAUAAUACAGACUGAAAUAGAAGAAUAUAAUCCAAUAGAAGAUGAAAGAGAAUUUUCCGAUGAUGAACCAUUGAUAAAAAUUAAAAAGAAAAAAAGGAAAAAUGGUGUAAAAACACAAAAAAGUGACUCUGAAUAUAUAGAAAUUGAAUUAAAUCAAGCGGAAAUAGAAGAAGAACGAAGAAUAUUCUCUAUGAAAGAAGAUUAUAUAAAUGCAAUGUUUAGAUGUGAGAAAUGUAUUAUGUCGUUUCCAAACGCUGAUGAUUUAAGUGACCAUAUUAGAAUUAAACAUGAAAUGCAUUCAUCAAAAUAUAAAUGCUCAAUAUGCGAAUGUUCGUUCUCGACAGAGGUUUCCUACAACUAUCAUACACACAAACAUACACACAGAUAUCAGUGUAAUGUGUGUUCAGAGAGAUUUGUUAAUAAGAGAGCUGUUUUGAAGCAUUAUAAUAUUGUUCAUUGCUUUGGGACUAAUGUAGAUUAUGAUUUUGAGAAAAAAAAUGAAAAUGAUGAACAAAAUGAGAAUAAAAAUGAUCAAACUAUAAGUACCCAAGAGCAAAUAUUCCCAUGUGAGUUUUGUGGGAAGACAUUUAAAUGGAGGACGUCUCUAAGAAAACAUUUGGAAACGCACAGGAUCGAGGCCGGUGAGAAGAGAAAGCCGUAUUGUGCCCCUUGCAGGAUAUCAUUUACAACUACUUCAAACCUACAAAAACAUGUGAGGACAAGUUCGAAACAUCAAAUACAGCUUAAAUUAAGAAAACUGACAGAAACCAUUCCAGAUCUGACAACGACUGACAAACGUAAAGCACACCAAGAGAUACUGUCGACAGUCAACAAGUCCCGUCAUCAGUUCGCGUGCACUCAGUGCGAUAAAAGGUUCCUUUGGAGAGGAAAUUUGUUGAGGCAUUUGCACAGUCACGCUGCUAAGGCAAAAGGCGACUUAGUUUGUAAACCGUGUAACAAAACGUUCUCAUCGAUAGCUACGUAUCAACAGCACAUGAAAAUAAGCAAGAAACAUGUAUCCGAGAAUGAUUUCAAAUUCAUGUGCAGCGACUGCGGCAAAAGGUUCCCAACAAAGUCCCGUCUCCGAGAUCACAUCAACUGGGAGCAUUUGAAGAACUUCGUGUAUAGCUGCGACGAGUGUCAUAAGGUAUUCAAGACUUCAAAUUCUGUGUAUUUGCACAAGCAAGUGCACAGAAAGGACACUGUGCAGCAUCUGUGCGAUCACUGUGGGAAACCUUUUCCUAACCACGCGAAGCUCCGCAGCCACAUGCUGGGGCAGCACGGCGGCGCGGCGCACGCCUGCGCGCACUGCGGCGCGCGCUUCGCCUGGCACUCGUGCCUGUCGCGCCACGUGCGCCACAAGCACCGCCAGAGGCAGAGGGCGGCUCACGAU